CCAGAAGAAGGUUACACCUUUUUUUUUUUUAAUUUGAAAACAAACCGUUUUGCACUGUAAGCAUCGAUCUCCAAACCCACCCAACCAAAACUUUAGCACUAAUUCGUCUUUUCGCGGAACUCUAUUCACGGUCAUGGGGCCACUUUGACCAUUAACCUUACCCCUAUUGUCACGUUGUUUAAUGCGCAGAGCACAAAGCCAAUAACAAGAAACCGGCUAAAAAUGCCAACGGAAAUUGCCAUAUACUACUCCCUGUGAGUUACCAUAAAUAAAUAACAAUUCAUUUCACGUUUGUGGGUCCUCUGCUCUGCAUCACUCUCUUCGCAUAUAUAACUUCAUCUUUCUUUUAACAAGGUUUGCUCCAAACAAGGAGAACCAGAAGGCAGCAGGCAGGACGACAAGAGACAGUGCCGUUUCUCCAUACUCUUGGAAUAGGAGAAGUUAAAAGUCCCCAUACAUCAGAACAGAGUUUACAGAGCCAAAGAACAAGAGAAGAGAAGAUGCUUCAAAGAAAAAGGCAAAAAAUUUCACCCUUAGUCACCCAAAAAUCUGAUCUUUUCGAAGAACUACCAGACGAUAUUGUGGUUUGCAUCCUUUGCAAGCUUAGCUCCUCCGCUUCCUGUCCUUCAGAUUUCAUCAACAUUCUCAUAACAUGCAAAAGAUUGAAUCGGUUAGCUCUUCAUCCUCUAGUUUUGUCCAAAGCCGGACCUAAAACAUUCGCAGUCAGAGCAAAAGACUGGUCAGAUUCCGCUCACCGGUUUCUCAGACUGUGCGUUAACGCUGGCAACACCGAAGCCUCCUAUACUCUAGGAAUGAUCCGAUUUUAUUGCUUACAAAACCGAGGAACUGGAGCGUCGUUGAUGGCAAGGGCAGCCGUCAAAUCUCACGCCCAGGCUCUCUACUCUCUCGCCGUCAUGCAGUUCAAUGGCAGCGGUGGCUCCAAAAACGACAAAGAUCUCCGAGCCGGUGUCUCUCUUUGUGCCCGAGCCGCCGUCUUGGGUCACAUCGAUGCGCUAAGGGAGCUAGGCCAUUGCCUCCAAGAUGGUUACGGCGUUGUUCAAAACAUUGUCGACGGACGCCGGCUCCUAAUCCAGGCCAACGCUCGAGAGAUCGCGUCAUCUAUACGUUCCAUGCUUACGUGGCGACCUCAACAGUUAAACCAACAUCAGCAACAGCAGCGGGAGCAUCUCCCAUAUGCUUCGUGUGUGAUGAUGGGAAGCAUGAUGGGGUGUCCAUUGCUAAGUGACUUCGGUUGUAAUGUGCCGGCGAGGGAAGUGCACCCGGUGAACCGGUUUUUGAGGGAGUGGUUCGAGUCGGGGCGCGGGGUGCUUGGGCCAAGCUUGAGGUUGUGCUCGCACAGUGGGUGCGGGAGGCCCGAGACGAGGCCGCACGAGUUCCGGCGCUGUUCCGUUUGUGGCAAGGUGAAUUAUUGCUCGCGGGGAUGUCAAGCUCUCGAUUGGAAGUUGAGGCACAAGGCGGAAUGUAUGCCAAUGGAGCAGUGGCAUGAUGUGGACGGCGGCGACAAUGAGAUUGGAGGAAUGGUGGAGAUUGAAGAGGGUGAGAAUGUGGCUGUCCUUCAUUGAUUGCGAUCAAAUUGUUACCGUUCGAUUUGGAUUUUUUUUGUUAUCCUAUUUUGUUUAAUUUUAUAUUUUAUGUAUUUUUUUUUUAAGUUUAUUUUUGUACAUAUUGAGAAGGUUUGGGAAAUUGUUUAUGUACCAGUUUUGCACCAUAAAAGAAAUUAUGGCAGGACACAAAAUCUUUUUUUUUUUUUUUUUUUGAAGGUCAGCAACCAUAGGACUAGGGGUGAGAUCUGAGUUCAGAUUAAGCAUCAACCAUGCGAUUUACUUGGGGGGACCCCCAAAUGCGACUUUGACAAGGAGUAAACAAGGCGAUAAUCACUCCUCUUAAAGGCCGACGGCCAUCCUUCAGCACUCGUCGAAUCAAUCAAUUAAACAGCUUGGGAUUUGGGAAUGAAGACAAAUUCAUUAAUUUUAGCAUCGUUGGAUUUUGUCAAUGACGGUUUGGUUGGUGUUAGUUAAUGUCUGUCUCCCACAUAAGAAAAUUAAAGAUUUAAACCUCCACAA